CCAAAACAGAAGCAAAGACAAAUAGAAAAGGCGAGAGGGGUCGUCUCAGUCGGUGCGCCGUUGUUCCAUUUUCUUCAAUCAUCGAAUCCCAGAAAAGCAAACAAAAUGAUGAAGGAGUCGAUGAGAGCUGUCGCUGAUUUAAACCGCCGUCGUUGAAAAUGGGUGGCACGCCAAUCUCCACAACCCCCACCAACUGCUGCAGCAACUCUGCUCCGUUGAGUCGCUUCCGAUCCAAGUCUGCGUCACCAUCACCACCAACACCUACACCGACACCUCCCUCUUCCUUCUCUUUAUUACCACAACACCUGCACUCUUCACGACCAUGAUCCUCUCCCUCACUCCCACUCUUGGAUCUCAGCUGCAGAUCCAUAGUAUCCAAACUCAACUUCAAUUCCAAUUCCAAUCCCAAUCCCAAUCUUCUUCUUCUGAUGGACCCUGCCUCUCGCCCCGCAGUCGUCAUUGACAACGGCACCGGCUUCGUUUUUGAUAGGUAUACUAAGAUGGGGUUCGCCGGAAACGUCGAGCCGUGUUACAUUGUCCCCACUGUAGUUGCUGUCAACGAAUCGUUUCUGAACCAAUCGAGAAGCACCUCCAAGGCGAGCUGGAUAGCGCAGCACAAUGCCGGUGUGAUGGCUGAUCUUGAUUUCUUCAUAGGGGAUGAGGCUUUGGAGAAGUCUCGAUCCAGCUCUACUUAUAAUUUGAGCUAUCCGAUCAGUCAUGGGCAGGUGGACAAUUGGGAUUCAAUGGAGCGCUUUUGGCAGCAGUGUAUAUUUAACUAUUUGCGUUGUGAUCCUGAAGAUCAUUACUUUCUUUUGACUGAGAGCCCGCUUACUGCCCCGGAGAGCCGGGAGUACACCGGCGAAAUUAUGUUUGAGACUUUCAAUGUUCCUGGCCUUUACAUUGCUGUGAAUUCGGUACUUGCUCUCGCAGCUGGCUACACUACCUCUAAGUGUGAGAUGACAGGUGUUGUAGUAGAUGUUGGAGAUGGGGCAAGUCAUGUUGUUCCUGUUGCAGAAGGUUAUGUGAUUGGGAGCAGCAUCAAGUCAGUUCCGAUUGCCGGGAGAGAUGUCACUCUCUUUGUUCAACAGCUUAUGCGGGAAAGAGGAGAGAACGUGCCACCAGAAGACUCCUUUGAUGUAGCUCGCAAAGUGAAGGAAAUGUAUUGCUAUACUAGUUCUGACAUUGUCAAGGAGUUCAAUAAGCACGAUAAAGAACCAUCCAAAUAUAUUAAGCAAUGGAAAGGCAUUAAACCAAAGACAGGGGCACCCUACACUUGUGAUAUUGGCUAUGAACGAUUUCUCGGACCAGAGGUAUUUUUUAAUCCUGAGAUUUAUAGCAGCGAUUUCACGACUCCAUUACCAGUUGUAAUUGACAAGUGUAUUCAGUCCGCCCCAAUUGACACCAGGAGGUCUUUGUAUAAGAAUAUCGUGUUGUCUGGAGGUUCAACGAUGUUCAAGGACUUCCAUAGAAGGCUGCAACGAGAUAUAAAGAAGAUUGUGGAUGCCCGGCUUCGUGCAUCUGAAGCUCGAGUCGGUGGAGAACUAAAAUCACAUCCAGUGGAAGUAAAUGUGGUAAGCCAUCCCAUCCAGAGAUAUGCAGUUUGGUUUGGAGGCUCCGUACUUGCAUCCACGCCUGAAUUCUUUGGGGCUUGCCAUACUAAAGCAGAGUAUGAGGAAUAUGGGGCAAGCAUCUGUAGAACAAAUCCUGUUUUCAAGGGGAUGUACUGAUGCACAUAUCCAUUUUGGUUGGAUCAUGUGCUGGCAAAUUCCUGAUUAAAAAUGGAAUGCCUUGUCUAUUCCACCUCCAACGUACUCAGUAACUUACCUCCUGGUAUUUGCUUGGUUUCAUCCGAAUGAUUGUGCUGUCAUGUCAAGAGGUGGUGUAAAAUAUAGUUACUCGAUCUUAACUUUGUAAGAGAUGUGGGGUUUCUUUUGUAAUGAUUGUUUUGUUAGGGGGCAAUUGGUCUCUUAGAAGCCAAAUAGGAAAUAGUGUACGGUGUUGAUGAAUACAUGUCCAAGUGGCCCAAAGGAUCAGGGUGAGAAUCGCGAUUUGGGUAGACAUGAGAACCUGGCUGAAUUGCAGUUUUGGUGUUCAGCUUAGAUAGUUGCUCAAGAUUAUUACCCUUUUCCUGUUUCUUUUUUCUUCAGUUAUAAUAUACACAUUUCAGGUAGUUAGUUCAAUUCUUUUGGGUUGGAUUUGUUGUAGUACAACACUUUCUAAUUUGAGUUCGACAUCUUUUUGUUA